AUGGGCAAAAGAUCAGUCUUUGUUGAAGCGAGAAAAUCUCAGGGACGACAGGGCCUUCCAGCCCUGUCUGUUCUCCAAGAAAUCGAAGAAAAAGAGCGAGAAUCACGUGUAUCAAAGAUGAACUCCAUCAUGGCUCGGGCGACUAAAAACGCAGAGGAAGGAGGAGCAGGUCGAAAACCUAUUCUUCCUUGGAUGAAUGUCGACUACGAAAAAUAUAAGGAAGAGUUUCCAGUUGAGAUCAUGUUCUUUUCUCAGGAGGAUGAGGAAUUCAUCGCAGAGCAGUACAAGAAAUUCGAAGAAAUGUACAACAUCCUCGACGACAUGAAGGACAACAGAGCGAAUCUCUCCAACCGAAAAUUGGUCGCUGAACAAGAACUUAUCCGAACAAUGUACAAAAUCUACGCUGAAGGUGUUCCCCUUCCAACUUGGCUCAAGGGCUGCCUUGGCCGAAUUCACAAGGAUCCCAAAUUUGGCGACUACGCUCGAAAUUACUGGGAAGAGCAGGGCGACGAGGCGGAACCAGUCGACUUCGAAGACUUCGUCGAGGCUGAAGACCCAGCAGAAAUCGCCCGUCGCUCGGGAAUCUUCAAGGAAGCCAAGGUUGCCUCGCUCGACACUUCCGUCAACACCUCGGCCAAAAUCCACUCUGCCGAGGAGCAACAAAAAAUCAACUCCCGAAAAGCGUCCGCCAUGCUCACCAUCAACAAAAAAGACAUGGCUCGACUUGACAGCCGUAAGCAGAGUCUCGAAGGCGGAUCAGGAAACCGACGAGCAUCGCGAAAGCUGUCCAUGGCCACUGUUGGCCAGGCAUUGAUUGGCAUGAAUCGCAAACGCUAA